AUGUUCAAAAGAACGCUUAACAAAAAGGUGGAAGAGGCUACUUCAAAACUGAGCGAGCUUGACAGUACUCUUGAAGAUGAGAAAGGUCUGACACUUGAUGAAAAUCCCACUACGGAAGAUCCCAUCACAGUUUACAUUCGUCACGAACGAAAUUUGAUUGGCGAUGAUUUGAAAACUGUUACAGAGGAGACAAGGAAGGCUGGAUAUUUCAAGCGGCAGAACAAGGAUGAAGUCAUCUUGCAAACGCUUCAUCAAUUGAUUGAUCGCAUUGACUUGUUGAGGCAAACUGUCACUGUUGAACAAGACCUUGGUAUAGUUGCAGAAUUAGCAUUCAAAGAAGAUCCAAGGAAGAGCGAGUGUCUUUCAGAAUUGCUCUGUAGAAGCCCAGUGUGGGUAACUGUUAAUAAUUGGGAAUCCUUGAGGACUAAGUUCACUGUCUGUGAAAAGCUGAGUUUGGACGAGUCUCAGCUGAUUCAUUGGUGGCAUGGAAAUGGCAGCAUCGAAGAAGUUUCUUCAGUUCUGGAUAACAUGUCCAACUUGGCCCGGAAAAUCGUAUUACUGAGAGAGAAGGGCGAAAGUCUGGAUUCACAUACAACGCCAGAUCUAGACCUUGUUCAACUUCUUAUCAAAUUUCCCGAUCAUGAGCAUGAGCUAGUUGACAUCUUCAUUCUUCUUGUUUUCACCACAUUUACGAUGACUUCCAUUGUCUCAAAGGAUCCUGAAGACAUUGCAGCAAGUAACACUAUUCUCAAGGAACUUGUGACAAAACUGGAGGAUUUGUGUGCUUCUUUUCAUUUAAAUGAGACUAUUGGAGGACGUCUAGGAGCACAACCAUACAUCGAUGCUGCUAACAAUGCCAACAUGAACUCGUCAACAAAGCCAAACUUUUCAACACUUGCUUCAUCUGUUGACGAGUUUGAGCUGGAUAAAGCCAAUGCACUCAUUACAACUGGCCUAGUUCCGAACCGCAGCAGGCUACAGAAAAUGAUGUCAAAAUUUACAGAUAAAUUACGAGUGACAACGUUUCAAACCUUGAGCAAUGUGGAGCAGAAGCCAUUUAUUCCAACAAGGAGAUUCAGUAUACAAGAUUUGGUCGACAUGAAGCUCCAGAAAAUUGACUUGAACUUUUCGAAAUCCAAGUAUCUUGGUACUGGCUCUAUGCUGUCAAGAAACCUCUCUGCAAGUAUUCGAGCUCUAAUCAACGAACUUGGAACCGGCUUGUUCGUGAAGCAGAAAAUUGGUCUAAACUCCAACAUAUCAAUAUUUGCCGUCUCCACGGCUACUGCGAAAUACCUGGCUAUGUGUUCCCAGGACUUGUCAUGGAUGAAUGUAUUGAUAGUAUUGAUAAGUACCUGAAGAGAGACGAUAUUCCAGUUGUUAAAAAAGCAGAUCGGUUCUUACUUUUGGCGGGCAUAGCAUCAGGCCUUAGUUACAUGCACGAACUUAAUAUUGCUCAUGGAGACCUAAGAGCGGCAAAUGUACUCAUUCGACAACGACCGUCCGGCAAAGGUGUUUUUGCAGUGCUUGCCGACUUUGGAGUUACAGAUAUGACUGUUGAGAUUGGAGAGAGAAUUGCUCAAAAUAGCACAGGUCAGAAGACAAACGAAGGAUGGUUGGCCCCCGAGUACUUUGCAGGAAAAAGUGGUGUUGUUGCAAUAUCCAAGCCAGCCGAUGUCUACGCUUUUGGCUGUGUCUUUCUGGAGGUUGGUUAUGAGAAGGACCCGUAUGCUUAUUGCCGCGACAAUAAACAACUUCGUGAUUAUUCAAUCGCAAAGCUGAAGAAAGCGAAAAUAUUACCUGCUCAGGCAAGCGAUGUCACGGAGGCACACUACUAUUUUAUUGAAAGUGCAUGCUCCUUUGACCCAAACGACAGGCCGACGUCUAGGGAAAUAAUCCAAAAAAUGAAGGAAUAUGCUGUACAGGCAGUGCAGUCCAGUAGAUAG